AACAUUUUGAGUGGCAUGGCCACAAUAUAUAGAAUAAAGUGAGGUGAUUUGAUUCUUCUUCAUGUAUCUGCACCACCCGCUCCGAAUCCUCACCGCCUUCGUCACCAUUCGCCACCAUCUCUUUCAACCAUGCUUCUUCCGUAAACUGCGAAGGUGGUGUUGGCAGUGGUGUGGAGGCUGCAGCUUCUUGCUCAGAUCCAAUCCAGUUUUCGGACACUUUUUCAAUACGAAAAAUGAACCUUGCUCUGCGGUUGCUGCCUUCUGAGCUCACUUGUCCAACAAGUGAAAACAUUCAAUAUGCAAAUGUGAACUUUCUUUUGUUCAAACCGUCGGUGAGAGUCUCUUGUUUUAUUAAGAAAGAUGAUGUGCAGCCAUCGAACUAUGAUAGAAAGAAUGUGACUAUAUCUUGCCAAUUGAUGCAUAGUCAGUUAGAAGAGUCAUUUAAAAGAAAAAAAAGGCUACAGGUGCCUUUGCCUUUACAGAAGCCAGAUUUUGUGAGAACAUUGUUGAUUGACAACUAUGACAGUUACACAUAUAAUAUAUAUCAGGAGUUAUCUGUUGUUAAUGGAGUCCCUCCUGUGGUAAUCCAAAAUGAUGAUUGGAUAUGGGAAGAACUUAGCCAUUACUUGUAUGAAGAAAAUGCAUUCGAUAACAUUGUAAUAUCGCCUGGACCUGGUUCUCCAGCAUGCCCACAAGAUAUAGGUGAGAACAUGGAUGUCUUUGUGGAGUUCCCAUUAGGCAUUUAUUUACUUCUCUAGAAGAUGCAACCGAAAAAUAAGUUGGCAUUGGGAUAUGUUCAUGGAGCUCACAUUGUCCAUGCGCCCGAACCAAUCCAUGGGCGUUUGAGUGAAGUUGAACAUGGCGGCUGCCAGCUUUUUCAUGGCAUACCAUCUGGCAGGAAUUCAGGUUUCAAGGUGGUUCGAUAUCAUUCAUUGGUUAUAGAUUCUAAAUCACUUCCUGAAGUGCUCAUUCCAAUAGCUUGGACGUCUUCCUCAAGCACACAUCCAUUUGUUGGGCCGAAGGAUCAUAACAUCUCCAAUGCUCUUGGAACACAAACAGAUAAAAAUGUCUUCGUUGAUUCUUUUUCACCUAAAGCAGAAAAUGGAACAACGAGAAGUUCAAGAGUUCUUAUGGGGAUCAAGCAUUGCACAAGACCGCACUAUGGCGUGCAGUUUCAUCCAGAGAGUGUUGCAACCUUCCAUGGAAGUCAAAUAUUCAAGAAUUUCAGAGAUAUUACAAAUGAGUAUUGGCUGAGAUACAGAUCAUCACAAAGCAGAGAAAAAUGUGUUCAUUCUUACGCACACAUGCAGGUUUCAAGUGCUAGUAGACAUUGUGGAGAUUCGUAUAGAAGUAUUAAUUCAGAGAACAGUAAAGUUGAUUGCCUAAAUAAGGUAGUUAAUGGUCAUCGACAUAUGGUAGAUGAUAAUGCUGAGAUGACUCGUUUAGAAAAGUUCAACGUUGCAAAUGUUCAUCAUGAAAGAACUGAUCGAAAAUGUUUGAAGUUGAAAUGGAGGAAAUACACUCACCUGGCUAGUCAAGUCGGUGGUGCGAAAGGUAUAUUUUGUGGGUUGUUUGGACGUGAACCUGAAAACACUUUCUGGUUGGAUAGUUCUUCCACAGAGAAGGGAAGAGCACGCUUCUCAUUCAUGGGAGGAAAAGGUGGACCACUUUGGAAGCAAUUGACUUUCAGAUUAUCUGAUCAAAGUGAUGGGUGUUCGAAAGGUGGUGGCUACUUGUCAAUGGAAAGUUGUCAAGGUUCCACUGAAACAAGAUUCUUGGAAGAAGGUUUCUUUGAUUUUUUGAACAAGGAGCUUCAAUCAUAUCACUAUGAUGAAAAAGAUUACGAAGAUCUCCCAUUUGACUUUCAUGGUGGAUAUGUUGGUUACAUUGGGUAUAACCUCAAAAGUGAAUGUGGUGUCGCAUCUAGUCGUCACAAAUCCAAAACUCCAGAUGCUUGUUUUUUCUUUGUCGACAACCUUGUAGCUGUUGACCACAAAAAUGACGAUGUUUAUAUAUUGGCUAUACAUGAAGAAAGCUCAAGCAUGACACAGUGGUUGGAUGAUGCUGAGGAGAAGCUUCUGAACUUAAAUGGCUCUGAGAUAAUGGGGUCAGAAAAGCAGUAUCUUCAUCCUCUAACUUGUUCCUCGCAAAAGGCCUGUUUUGCAGCUGAAAAAUCUAGAGAGCAGUUCAUUGAGGAUGUAAAGAAAUGCCUGGAAUACAUUAAAGAUGGAGAAAGCUAUGAGUUGUGCCUCACAACUCAGAUGAGGAAACCGAUCGAGAAUUUAGACUCUCUUGGACUCUAUCUUCAUUUGAGAGAAAGGAAUCCAGCACCUUAUGCUGCGUGGCUUAAUUUUCCGAAGGAAGACUUGUGUAUUUGCUGCUCUUCCCCUGAGAGGUUCUUGCAGUUGGAUAGAAAUAAUAUCCUAGAAGCUAAGCCCAUUAAGGGUACAAUAGCUCGUGGUGCUACCGCCGAGGAAGAUGAGCAACUCAAAUUGAAAUUGCAACUCAGUGAAAAGGAUCAAGCUGAAAAUCUGAUGAUUGUGGACCUUCUGAGGAAUGAUCUCGGUCGGGUCUGUGAUCCAGGAUCUGUACAUGUGCCACGUCUCAUGGAUGUGGAGUCGUAUGCAACUGUUCACACAAUGGUGAGCACGAUUCGUGGGAAGAAGAGGUCUGACUCCAGUGCAGUAGAUUGCGUAAGAGCUGCAUUCCCAGGUGGUUCGAUGACUGGUGCUCCAAAGUUGAGAUCGAUGGAACUUCUUGAUUCCAUUGAAAGUUGUUCUCGAGGUAUAUACUCCGGUUGUAUCGGAUUUUUUUCGUAUAACCAGACAUUUGAUCUUAAUAUUGUCAUAAGAACGGUGAUUAUACAUGAUGGUGAAGCUUCAAUAGGAGCUGGAGGUGCCAUUGUUUCUUUGUCGAACCCUGAAGACGAGUACAAAGAGAUGAUCCUGAAAACAAAAGCCCCAGCAAAGGCAGUGAUAGAUUUUGAAUAGUUUUGAAGAGUCACACAACAACUUCCCCCAACAAACUUAAAUCAAAGCAUUUAUGUCAUAUCAUCCCACUAAUUAUUUGAUCUUUACGUAGAAGGAAUAUUAAAGAGUAUUUUGGUAUAGGUACUAGAUUCAAUUGUUUUGGGGUUAGAAUUCAAUUGGUUUUCUUUUCAAUCUGAAGAGUGUCUUAUUAUUCUGUUGUAGCAAUGGCUGCAUUGUACUAUAGGUUUCUGUAUACUGUAAUUUCCCCAGUUUCUUGUAUACAUGAAUUAUUACCUUGCAGUUUGGUGACAAUUUUAUUCAUAUAUAUAAUAUACUCACC